CCAAUAGGCCUGAGGAUGUAAUUGCAAAAGCUUGCUAAGGUUUGGCCUGUGUACUGCAUUAACUAUUUAUUGUAGGUGAUGAUGCUGCUAUUGUAUCCUGGACUUGGAAAAAAAUAUUUAAUGAACAUCAGGUUGUUAAGUUUUGAAAGCUGCAAUGAAGUGGAGGGCAUUGAAUCCAACCACAAAACUAGCUGAAAGGUUCAUGCAACAACAGAUGACUGAUGCACAAGUUUUCUCAUGGAAGAAAAAAUCCAGGAUCGAUCGUCUCUAGCUACUAAGCUACCAAAAUUUGGUGCACCAAAGCCUUUGGGAAAUUUUCUGCAUAGGACAGCACAGAGCUCACAUACAGGUCUACUUGCAAAAUCAAACCACACUGCUGUAGAGAAUAAGCACACUGACCUUGAUCGGACAUCUGGAUUUUCUUUAAAUUGGAGGAAAUUAAAGUGUCGGCAAAAUGAACAUAUUGCAAAGAAACCUUCUUAUAUUAACACUGAAAAAGUGCAUGAUAAAAGAUUUUCUCAGGCACAUUUAGCAACAGAGAAUGGUGGAUUCAGAUUUGGAGUAACAGGCAAAAACCUGAAGCAAAGUAAUAUGUUGGUCCCACAAAAGCAAGAUCUAAAUGAAAACCUCCUACCUGGACCUCCAAACUCUGGUAGGCUAACAAAAAAUUCCCAGUUUGGAAGGACUUUCUUUUCCAGCCUUAAUGGUGUAAAAUCACAAGUCAAUGGUUAUUACAGCCAUAAGCCCCCAAUUGGUUUAAUGAGGCCCCGGGCAAAUUCUGCUACAACUAGAAAUUUUUCUAAAAUAGUUGAACCAGCUGACAACAAGAAGCCUUGCUCAAGUGUGAGAAGAUCACAAAGCUUUUCAGAUUCAGUUCCAAAUUCUUUGAUUCCAUCCACACACAUGACAAGGUCUCAUUCUUUUAGCAGGGAAGUAGAUACGUCAGGCCAAUUUAAAACACAUCAAGUACCCAUAAGAACAUCUGUUAAACCAGCCUUACUGUCAAGGACUGCAAGGCAAUAUGAACUGCCUAAUGCCCGUGAGUCCCAGAUAAAGUAUGGUUUUACAAGGACAUACUCCUCAGGUUUAAGGAAAACUAACUUCUCUAAUGGAUCUGACCAAAUUGUUCCUUCAGGAUACAAAAUAACUCGUCCUUCUCUUCUAAAACCAAACAGAAGCCAAUUACCAGUGGAUCUAUUAGCUGAUAAAAAAAUACCUUCUAACGUUUCAUCAGUAACCGAGAACACAGAAACAGGGCCAAGCAGAACUGGAGGAUCAACAGAUGAACAAAACAAACUGAAAGCGAGAGAUUUUGUUAUUGAUAAUUAUGUUCUUUGUGAUAGCCUAGAAAAACCAGACUGUGAAGGCAGUCAUUUUGGUGAAGACAUAGACGAACUCUCCAUAUCAUCUUUGUCCUCCUCUGAAAAGAAUGAUCUGACUGAAGAUUUCAGUGAUGAAUUCCUAGAUUUAGAAGAGGGAAAUAAAACAUUACCUGUUGAAUCAGAAAAAGAUCUGUCUGAAAAAUCAUCUGCUGAAUUUAUGGUAAAGUUGCCAGAAAAGAAAGAGUAUAACGUCAGAAAAACAGAUGAUUGGAUUGGAAUGAACUUAGUUAGUCCUUACAAAGAGAAGAGCAUUUCACCAGAUAUGGGUUAUAGAGAUCCAUCUUCUCUGGAAUUGUCCCCUUCUGAUAGCUCUGAUGGCACAUACAUGUGGGAUGAAGAAGGAAUGGAGCCCAUUGGAAAUGUUCAUCCAUGCAGAAGUUAUGAAUCUUCAGAGAUGAAUAGUCUGGAUGUUUUAAAUAACUUAGACUCUUGUGAUUUGGAAGAUGAUGAUCUCAUGUUGGAUGUUGAUCUACCAGAGGACACCCUUUUUGACAUUGGGAAAGUGGAAAAUAUGAGUCAUUUUGAAAGAACAGAAAGGAGUUUAAGGCAACCUCAACAUGCAUUCUGGAAGAGGGCAGUCCAAAGUCUCAAUGUGCAAGAACAGUACCACCUGAGCAAUGCAGACAACUAUCAAAAUAACAGGGGACCUUACCUGGAGUCUCCAAUUGAUCAGAGAGAAAGUUGUGGUAAUCCAGCCAUAUACUCACAAUCUCCUCGAUGUGUAAAAAUGAUGGGAUUGCUUGAGAACACUGUGAUGCUUGAUGAAUUGACUCUGCGACACAUGGUCCAAGACUGCACCUCAGUGAAAACUCAGUUACUAAAGUUGAAACGGUUUCUACAGCAGGAAGAUGAUUCUGCAUCUCUGUCAGACAUACAACUAUCUGUACCGUCAACACCAGAGCCACAAGAAACUGAAAUUCUGUGGAGGACUGAAGACCUGCUAAAUGAAAUCCGACAGCUUAAAGAAGAAUCCAAGAAAAAAGAUGAAAAAAUCAAACAAUUAGAAAUUCAGCUGAAAACAACAUGCAAAUGUCAGAGGGAUAGCCAACAGGCAAAAGGAGAAAAGCCUAAGCAAUAUGACAAGUUUACUCAGACCACUUGGAAGAGGAAUUCAGUGAGUAAACCUCAAGUACUACAGUGUUCCAGCAACAACCCCAGUUCUUCAGAUAUCAUCACGGGAAAAUUAAUAACACAAGCACAUCAAGAGGACCCAAGAAAACAUGGAGAACUGAUCCAGAACCCAUGCAAUGAGAUUGGGAAUGUUGGUAGCACCUCCAAAGUUCCUGAAAAUGAGCUGAGUGUCUUACUGAGUACUCAGUUGAAAAUCAAUGAUGUAGAAGAUAGUCCCGAAGAAUCUAUAAACAAAGAUAAGCAUGUUCAAAAUCCUGGACAGCUUGAUAAUAAGAAACAUUUAAAAAGUAAAAAGCUUAAUUGUAAUAAUCUGCCAUCAGUAGCAGUGGAUGCAAAAAUACAUUUUCAGUCCAGAUCAGUGACUAAACCCAUGGCGUCAUCAUCAUUGUUAGGGCAAAUUCCAAGAUCAACGACUUUACGCCUGACAAAGCCCAAAAUACACACAACUGUUGCAAGUCAAGGAGCUAAUUCUGAAAUACAGUUAGCUUCUACCAAUCACUCCCCAUUACAAUCUCCAAAUUGUUCCAAGUCUAUGGUACAUAAAAUCCAACCAACAGUUCAUAGUGACCAUUUUGUAGGCCAAGAUACAAUAAAUGAUUCAUCUGAGAUAGAAUCAAGCCUACAACAAAAACAAUUUGUUAAUGCAAACCAAAACGAUUUAUUACAGAGUAAUCCAGGAUCAAAGCCACAAAAUCCUAUAAUGCCCACCUGUGCAUCAAAAUUACCAACAUUGGGCUCCAUUUCAUCCCAGCAACAGGUACCAGCAGUUGAAUAUUCUCAGCAGCCACAUAAACAAAUCCCCAAAGGAUCCAUGCUAAGGCCACCAAGUUUUGCUUCUAAACUUAAGAAACCAAGUAGUACUAAGCCUGAUACUGUACACAUGGCACCUGCUCCUCCUGAAUCUCCUUGCAAAACCUCAUCUUCAAUCAUACCGAGGCCAUCACCUAAAAAAGAAAUUUUACAGGAAGCUGUGGCUAGUUCAGCUUUGAAACGGCAAUCACGUCUCCCUCAACCAAAGACGCAUUAAGAAAGCAAAAACAUAUAAUUUGAUAAGCAUUACUUUUUAAAACAGCUGAUCUACCAGUUGAUAAAUGUCACUUGGUGUAGUAAACAUUUUAAUGCAUAAUAAUUAUUGCUAUUGAUUACUAAGAUGACUUUUUUUUCCUUUUCUGUUAGGGUUUUCAUUUAGUUUGAGUAGCUUU